AUGUCACUCCCCGGCCGCCGCAAGUCGUCGCUGGCCGGCGCCGGCGGGGGUGCGGGCGCCGGGCCGUUCGACACGCUCGGCGCGAAGCACGGCGCGCCGCGCAAGGGCGGGCGGCUGCCAGUGUACGUGGCGGGCGUCUUCUUCGUCGUCUUCGUCAUCGUCAUGUACGGCGAGGACAUCCGGUCCGUCACCCUCGAGCCGUUUGCCCGCGGCGUCGGGCCCGUCAGGCAGCAGGCGGUCGUCGUCUCGGACGCCGGCCGCGCCGCCGCCACCCCGCGGCGGGACGUGCUCUCUUCUUCCUCCACGGGGAAGAAGACCGUCGCCCCCCGGCGCGACGUGAUCGCUUCUCCGGAGAGGCCCGUCCCCGUGGCGCUGCCGCGCGACGACGGAAGAGAGAGGCCGGGGCACGCCGCGGCGAAGACAGAGACGGCGCCCGAGCAGGCGAUCCGGAAGGUCACCGCCCCCAAGGUGAAGAAGCCGAAGAAAGCGAAGAGGCCGAGGCGGCUGCGGCCGGCGAGGAAGACGGUGGCGGCGGGGGCCGUGCUGGGGUCGCCGGAGACGUGCGACCUGUCCAAGGGCGAGUGGGUGUUCGACAACGCGAGCUACCCGCUGUACCGCGAGGAGGAGUGCUCGUUCCUGACGUCGCAGGUGACGUGCAUGAAGAACGGCCGCCGCGACGACAACUACCAGAAGUGGCGGUGGCAGCCCAAGGACUGCGACAUGCCCAGGUUCGACGCGAAGGUUUUCAUGGAGAGGCUCCGGAACAAGCGGUUCAUGUUCGUGGGGGACUCGCUGAACCGGAACCAGUGGGAGUCGAUGGUGUGCCUGGUGCAGUCGGCCGUGUCGCCGGACAAGAAGUACGUCACCUGGGAGGACCAGCGGGUCGUCUUCCACGCCUGGGAGUUCAACGCGACGGUGGAGUUCUACUGGUCGCCGUUCCUGGUGGAGUCCAACUCGGACAACCCCAAGAUCCACAGCAUCCCGACCCGGAUCAUCGACGCGGGGGCCAUCGCGGCGCACGCCCAGAACUGGCGCAACGCCGACUACCUCGUCUUCAACACCUACAUCUGGUGGAUGAACACCCUCAACAUGAAACUCAAGAGGCCGGGCGGGCGGGACUGGGAGGACCAUGAGGAGGUGGUGAGGAUCGAGGCGUACCGGAAGGUUCUCAGCACCUGGGCCGGCUGGGUGAACGACAACAUCGACCCGGCGCGCACGUCCGUCUUCUUCAUGAGCAUGUCCCCUCUUCACCUCAGCCCGCAGGUGUGGGGAAACCCUAACGGGAUCCGGUGCGCGAAGGAGACGAUGCCGCUGGUGAACUGGCGCGGGCCGAUAUGGCUGGGCACGGACUGGGACAUGUUCAAGGUGGCGUCCAACAUCACCCGGGCGGCGGCGCCGCGGGUGCCCAUCACCUUCGUGGACAUCACCACCAUGUCGGAGCGGCGCAAGGACGGGCACACCUCCGUGCACACCAUCCGGCAGGGCCAGAUCCUCACGCCGGAGCAGCAGGCCGACCCCGGCACCUACGCCGACUGCAUCCACUGGUGCCUCCCCGGCGUGCCCGACAUCUGGAACAGCUUGCUCUACACCAGGAUCAUGUCCAGGCCGGACGCCGCCACGGCUGCUCUCACGGUUAAGUAA